UCACGGUACUAACGCUAAUCUAACGGUACGCGGUGGAGCUAACCGGGCGUUCUUGUCUGGCUUUUGUGCAGCAUGUAGCCUCCUCUGAGGUACAGCAGCUCCUGAACUGUCGCCCCAACGUGUCUUCAUAAGAGAAUAAGUUGGACGAGUUGGUCACCUUCUGUGAUAUGAAAACUUUGUAUGAAGUUGACUGGUGUCCUCUCAGAGCUGGUGAGCUUCAGAGCUACAGAACUGACAGAAGAUAACAGAAACCACCAGAGAUUGUGUUCAUCUCUUGGAUGACCAGUCAUUUUGGCCGCCGCCAUCAUGUCAACAGAGGCACACUCAGAUCCUCCGCAGGUUGUGAAUCCUCCGCCUCCUGAGGUGACCAACCCCAACAAGUCAGGUCGAAGGACCAACCAGCUGCAGUACAUGCAGAAUGUAGUGAUCAGGUCGCUGUGGCGGCACCAGUUCGCCUGGCCUUUCUACCAGCCUGUCGACGCAGUCGCUCUUGGACUACCAGAUUAUCAUACGAUAAUAACGUCUCCCAUGGACCUGGGAACCAUCAAGAAACGACUGGAGAACAACUACUAUUGGAGUGCAAGUGAAUGUAUGCAAGAUUUCAACACUAUGUUCACCAACUGCUACAUAUAUAACAAGCCUACAGAUGACAUAGUGCUGAUGGCCCUCGCCUUGGAAAAGAUUUUCCUGCAAAAAGUUUCCCAGAUGCCUCAAGGGGAAGUGGAGAUUUUACCUCAUGCAGCCAAAGGGAAAGGCAAAAAAAACAGCACUCCAGUUGAGCAGGAUGGAACUGUGCCCACAUGUCCUUCAGCGAAAACACCCACAAAAAAGAAAGUGCUGAAAAGGAAGGAAGUGGAUUCCACUGAUUUGUCCUCAGCAGUCAUAACCAAUUUGAGUGAUUUAUCAGAAAGGAAGAGGAGACGUGAAAGUGCAGGUCGAGCCGUCGAUCCUUCCAAAGGUGACUUUGAAGAAAAGGAGUCGUCUAAACGAGAAACUGAACAGGGCGGACUGAGCAAACAGCUCAGGUACUGCAACGAAAUCCUGAAUGAAAUGCUCUCGAAAAAACACGCAGCCUAUGCCUGGCCUUUCUACAAGCCCGUCGACGCUGAGGCUCUGCAGCUACAUGAUUACCAUGAUAUCAUCAAAUACCCCAUGGACCUCAGCACUGUUAAAAAAAAACUGGAUGGAGGAGAAUACCUGGAUGUGCAAGGUUUCGCUGCAGAUGUGAGAUUGAUUUUUUCUAACUGCUACAAAUACAACCCUCCACAUCAUGAUGUCGUCGCGAAGGCCAGAAAACUUCAGGGCGUGUUCGAGAAGAGGUUUGCAAAGAUGCCAGACGAGCCUGUGGAGCUGAGUCCAUCAGUGAACGCCGUGUCCGCCAAGAGUGCGAGUUUCAGUGGGAUAAGCGGCAACAUUUCCUCCAGCGGGGACAAAUCAGACUCAGCAGAAGAGCGUGCCACCCGACUUGCUCAGUUGCAAGAACAGGUGGGUGCAGAACAGCUUAAAGCUGUUCAUGAGCAGCUUGCAACACUCUCCGAAGCACCUGUGAUUAAACCAAAGAAGAAGAAAGAAAAGAACAAGAAACAGGACAGCAGGCAAAAUAAAGACAGUACAACUUCCAAAAGUACUUCAAAUUCCAGCUCCAGGCCGUCGUGGAAGGGAAACAAAGACUGGGAUUCAGACGAUGAAUCUCUGCCGAUGACGUACGACGAGAAGCACCAGCUGAGCCUGGAUAUUAAUCGGUUACCGGGCAUGAAGCUGGGCCACGUGGUUCACAUCAUUCAGACACGAGAGCCCUCUAUGUGUGACUCCAACCCAGACGAGAUUGAGAUUGACUUCGAGAUACUGAAGCCGUCCACUCUGCGGGCGCUGGAGCAGUAUGUCAAGUCUUGUCUGUAUCAGAAGUUUAAGAGAUUUCAAAAGAAGAGCCGCCAAGCUUUGUCUCAUAUCAUCGGCAGCAGCAGUUCCUCAGAUUCUGCCACCAGCGGCUCCAGUGACUCCAGUUCAGACAACAGCGACUUGUGACGACCACAUUGUUUUUAUUUAUUUCUACUGUUGUGACCAAAAGAGAGUUCUUCAAUAAUGUUAAACAUGUUUAUUUUUGUAUUUGUCGUAUGUUUACUGUGUUGAUAAUUUAACUCGCCACAUAACGUUUUUGUAUUCAUCGUGGCUUUUCUGGUUCUCUUUCUUUAUAAAUCGCAAUAUCCGUCACCGGUGUUUCUUAUCAGACACUAUAAAUCCACAGCGCAGCCGGAUGGCAUUCUGCUCGGGUUAGGGCGCAUUUCAUAAAAUCUGAGCUUCAAACCAAUAUCCUGUUUCUGUCCUCCUUUUUUGUCCAUACUGUUUAAUUAAAGGGCUUCUUUCAAAUGCGUCACAGAAAAUGUAGUUGUGUUCUUUUAAUCAUCCAAGUGUUGCAUUAGACGGCUCUCAGUAGCAGCUGUUUGGUCUGUUAAGUCCAUCUUAUACAUGUAAAAUUAAAAAAAUAUCUGCUGUAGCAUAAGAAUGUAAACAUGAAAGGUUAAAAGGGAGCAAUUUGAAAGGCAAACCGCUCGUUCUGUCAGUGGUAUUGUUUGUGCUUUGAGAGGUUGCUGUGUCAAACAUGGAAAUACAGGCGUUUAAAGAGGACACACCGUGAGGUGCAGAUCACCUGAUAGGACCAGGUGUGAAAAUGUUGACAAAAUGUAAAUCACAUGACCAAAUCAUAUAUCCUCAGAAUCAACAUGGUGCUUUGGAAUCAAAUUCCACCAAAAUUUAAUUUCCCAAAAUGUUAUUAUAGAGUAUAUAAUAUUAAAAUGCAUUUUAUAUUAUGAAUAAAAAACUAAUGCAUUGUUUUCUACUUACUCUUUUUGAUAGUGUUCUUUUUUUCAGGCUCUGGUCAGAGGGGAAAGUUCUUGUGUGUUUGUGAGUAUAGACUAAACUGUGGUAGAACGUAUUUCUUCAUCCAACAGUUUAACAACUGAUUAACAAUAACCUUUGUAAAGAGCUACACCAGUGUUUAGCAAGGUGAAGUCAAUUUUCCUCUAAAUUACAUACUAAAUACUUUCAGCAUGAUGUCGUGUUUUAAUUGUGUUUUCCUUCCAUCCAGGCUCCUAAAUAUUGUGGAAUGAAAGUCAACUUGCAGAGACUUGAAACUUGAGUUCAGUAAUCCAUCAAACUGAACAUUAUGUCUGCUGGUAUUCACGUCUCCUACAUUUUUACUGGAUGGUAAACGCAGCUGAGACCUUUCAGAUCACUCUGCUCUAAUAACCAUGAAGCUGUGGAACGGCAGUGCAACUUUGAAAAGAGUAAGAGCACAAAGUGAUGCUGAUUGCCUAACUCAUAUUUCAAGUCUCAGCAGUCAGGUAUUUCUUAAUUCUGUAUGAAAACAACCAAGCUGGGCCUGGAAAACUAUAUUCAAAACACAAUCUAAACAGCAGGAAUGUAAUUUGUAGUAAAUGAACCACAACAUGAAAAACACUAAGGGGUCCUUUAUGUUAUUAUGUUAUAACUUCCAGCUGUUUUGAACUAUGUGGUUGCUGUUAAUAUAUAUAUAUAUAUAAAGUGAGUUUUAAAAGUUGCUCUAACAAAAUGUAUUUUUCUUCAAGUGCCCUCCAUGCAGGCCUUUUUGUUUGUUUGUUUCUUAUCUUAGCAGUGAAUGACUUACACUUGUUUAUACAGCCUGCUACAUAAAAAUGGAACUUCCUACUUACAUUGAAAACAAGAGGUCACAUUUCAAAGCUUGUUAGGUGUGGGAAAAAAACAAAUAUUUAACCUGUGUUCUAACCUGGAGAGAGGCUGCUUUUGUUAGGUCUAUUUUCAUGCAUAAUAAAAGAAAAA